GAAACCCACAAUCUUUUAUAGAAAGAGAAACAUAAUAACUAUGUUUAUCGGUAAAAUAACUAUAAUUAGGUUAUUUCAAAAAUUAUUUGAAAUUUAGUUCUUAACUUAGAAAAGAAAUUUAGCUCUUGACUAAAUGAGUUGGAAAUGACUGGUGGUCUCCCUCUCACCAUGUGAAUAGACAUGGAAUUUAAUUGGCAGCCAAGACGCGGUUGAUAGAGAAAGGAAUUUGAGCCAGCCAGCUAUUUUUCUUUAUGUUUACUAUAAAGAAUUAUAUGUCUAUAACUCUAGGGAGUAAAGAAAAAAAGGGCAAGGAUGAAGACGACAACGUAUUGCACAAGUGGGAAUAUUAAAAAAGUUCGGGAGAUGAAUAUGUUGCGGCUUCUCUUCUCCCUAUCCCAUACUCUGCUUUUCUUCCCUCUAUAUAAACUUCUCUAAUUCUUAUACCCAUCCAAAAAGUUUCCUCUAUCCUUCUCAUUUCUCUACUUCAAUGGCUAACCACCUUAUCAUUCCUCUCUGUUUUUUCCUCUUUUGUCUCUCCACAUUGGCCCAGAAUGACAUUUAUAUUGUCCAUAUGGACUUGACCGCCAUGCCCAAACCUUUGAAAACCCAACACACUUGGUACCUGUCCACUCUUGCUUCUUCUUUGUCAGAUAAAUCACAACUUCCCACCAAACUUAUUUAUACUUAUAACCAUGUGAUCAAUGGUUUCAGUGCGAGUCUGUCUGAGACCGAGCUUUCAGCUUUAAAAAGUUCUCCAGGCUUUGUUUCUGCUAUCAAAGAUGUGUCUGUAAAAGUCGAUACAACUCAUUCCACAAAAUUUCUUGGGUUGAGUUCGAAUUCGGGCGCAUGGGCACUGACUAAUUUUGGCGAGAAUGUGAUUGUCGGAGUGGUGGAUUCCGGGGUGUGGCCUGAAAGUGAGAGCUUUAGUGACGAUGGAAUGGGUGAAAUCCCAUCGAGAUGGAAAGGGAAAUGUGAGGUUGGAACUCAGUUUGACGCUUCAUUAUGUAACAAGAAGCUUAUUGGUGCUCGGUUUUUUAACAAAGGUUUGGUUGCUCAUAAUUCCAACCUCACGAUUUCAAUGAAUUCAACGAGGGACACCGGCGGGCACGGCACCCAUACGUCGAGCACAGCGGCUGGGAAUUUCGUCGGAAAUGCGUCUUUCUUCGGGUACGCACCGGGGGUUGCGAGCGGAGUGGCCCCCAAGGCACAUGUCGCUAUUUACAAGGCCUUGUGGGACGAAGGCGCCCAUACGUCGGACAUAAUCGCCGCUAUAGAUCAAGCCAUUGCCGACGGUGUUGAUGUUUUGUCUCUCUCAUUGGGUCUUGACGGCGUGCCAUUAUACGAGGACCCAAUUGCUGUAGCGGCAUUUGCAGCAGUGGAAAAAGGGAUUUUUGUCUCUACCUCAGCGGGAAACGAAGGCCCUUUCUUCGGUACUCUUCAUAAUGGCACACCAUGGGUGCUAACUGUUGCCGCCGGGACCAUUGAUCGUGAAUUCGCCGCUAGUUUAGUUCUCGGAGAUGGUCAGUCGGUCAACGGCUUGUCUCUCUACCUAGGAAAAGUCAACCCAGAUGAGAUACCAGUUGUUUUCAUGGACGCCUGCGCUAGUGUGAAUGAACUGAGUCGACUCGGGGAAAAGAUUGUAGUGUGUCAAGAUAAGAAUGACUCACUCGGCGACCAAAUACAGAACAUCUUGGCUGCUAAAGUUGCCGGAGGAAUCUUCAUAACGAACAACACCGACAUAGAAUUCUUCAUUGAGAGCUUGUUUCCUGCAAUUUUCAUGAGUGUUGAAAAUGGAGAAUUAAUCAAAGAUUACAUCAAGCGCGGGAUAAAUCCAAAAGCAAGAAUGAAGUUUAAAGAAACAAAUCUGAGCAUAAAGCCUGCGCCGAAAACAACUAGCUAUACCUCUAGAGGGCCGUCAGAGAGCUGUCCAUUUGUGAUGAAGCCUGAUAUUAUGGCUCCAGGAUCGUUAAUCCUAGCUUCAUGGCCUGAAAACAUCUCCGUCGCCACCAUCGGUAACGACCAGUCCCUGUUCAGUAACUUCAAUGUAAUUUCAGGGACAUCCAUGGCGUGUCCUCAUGCAUCAGGAGUUGCCGCGCUUUUGAAGGCGGCACAUCCCGAAUGGAGCCCCGCCGCAAUCCGAUCGGCCAUCAUGACGACAUCCGAUAUAACAGAUAACACCGGCAGUCCAAUCACAGACAUGGGCCUUACCAACCAACCGCGGGCAAAUCCUCUCGCCAUGGGUUCCGGCCAUAUCAAUCCAAACAGAGCACUAGAUCCAGGACUCAUUUAUAACGCUUCAGCUGAAGAUUACGUUAAUCUACUCUGCGCAUUAAACUUCACUGAGAAGAACAUUCAAGUCAUCACGAAGACGUCUUCAACGAAUUGCUCUUCGCCAUCUUUGGACCUCAAUUACCCUUCAUUCAUCGGCUAUUUCAACUCAAAUCCGACGACGAGUGUUAAGGAAUUUGAAAGAAGAGUGACGAAUGUGGGAGAGGGUUCUGCAACUUAUGUGGCGAAAGUGACGGAGAUUAAAGGGUUUAAGGUGAGUGUUGUGCCGGAUAAACUGGUUUUCAGAAAGAAGUAUGAGACGCAGAGGUACAAGAUGGUCAUGGAAGGACCGAAGGUGAUGGAAGAAACUGUAGCUUUUGGGUAUCUGAGUUGGGAAGAUGAUGAAGGCAAACAUGUGGUCCGGAGUCCCAUUGUAGCAACGAGCUUCAGCCCAGAUAUAGUGUCCUCAUCAUCCAAGAACUAAAGAUAAUUCAAAUGAUAUUAUCAAUUUGUCUUUUUUUUUUUUAAAAAAAAAAAAAAAAAGAAAGAAAAUUAGAAGUAAUAUUAAA